AUGGCGGACAUACAGACUGAGAGAGCUUGCCAAAAGCAGCCCACCAUCUUCCAGAACAAGAAGUGGGAACUUGUGGGUGAAGACAGCAAGGAAAAGCUUCCCUGCUUCUAUCAUAAUGUAGGCCUGGGCUUCAAGACUCCACGAGAGACCAUUGAUGGGACCUACAUUGACAAGAAGUGUCCAUUCACCGGGAACGUGUCAAUCCAGGGGCGGAUCCUGACAGGCGUAGUAACUAAGAUGAAGAUGCAGUGGACCAUUGUAAUUCACAGAGACUACUUACAACACAUCAAGAAGUACAAUCGCUUUGAAAAGCGACAUAACAUGCCUGUCCAUCUAUCACCCUACUUCAGAGAUGUACAGAAUGGGGACAGCGUGACUGUGGGGAAGUGUCGGCCUCUCAGUAAGACUGUGCAUUUCAAUGUCCUCAAGGUCACUAAAGCCGCAGAAGCCAAGAAACAGUUCCAGAAAUUUUGA